UUCAACGCGAGCGGCAACAACUCCAGCAGCAAAAGAGCAACGACUCCAGCGCAAGCGGCAUCCACGAAACAACCACUACGUCAUCCUCCAAGGUUCAGUCCCAAGAUGGCGGCAUGGUAACCACCCGAACGACAGUGACAACCAAAACGGUUGGCCCAGCGAAACCAUGUCCGCGAUGGCAAAAUUCCGACAACUUGAUAAACAAAAUUCCAUCACAUCACAAUCACCCCCAAAUUCCCCCCGAACACCGUCAACCCCAUCGACACCGGGUGCCACCGCUGGGCCUAUGUUUCAAUUCACUGAUCCGUCACUGAACCGCCGUGCAGCCACUGUCAAGGACCAACUGUUGCAGUGGUGCCAGAUGAAGACAAGGGGAUACGAGAACGUUAAGAUAGACAACUUCUCCACCAGCUGGUCAGAUGGAAUGGCAUUUUGUGCGCUGAUUCACCAUUUCCUUCCAGACGCUUUUGAUUUUACCAAAUUAACACCGCAACAACGACGUCAUAAUUUCACACUCGCCUUCCGAGUGGCUGACGAAAAAGCCGGGAUUGCGCCACUGUUGGAUGUUGAAGAUAUGGUUGUAAUGCGAAAGCCUGAUUGGAAAUGUGUUUUUACAUACGUACAAUCGAUUUACCGACGUUUCAAAAAUGAGGAUUGAAACCAGGGGAGGGGACUCGAACCCCACUAUUCCCACUUUAUCCACCGCCAGCAUCAGUUAUUAAAUACGAAAGCUGUAGUGUCAAUUAGUUGAGUUAGAAAACUCGCUGCGUCGUAGUUUUGAAUUCCUCGUCCCACUGUUCGUUUUCGAAAAAUAUAAAAGUCAAUUAGUUGAAAGUAGAAACAAACCAGAUUUCAUCAAAAAGGUAUACCUCCUGCCCCUCCCCUAGUUUUUAAUCCGUCAUGUUGUUACAAUGUUAAUUUGAGAAAAUUACUCAUCGAAAAACUGCUUCAGAAAGCUUCUAACAGUAAAAUUGUUUUAUUUUUAAUUUAUUUGUUUUUAAUAUUAUUUGACUAUUUAUGUUUAUGGAUUUAUUCGCUCUCGCAGCUAAAAGUAUAGGAUUAGGACCAUCGUAAGCAGUUAAGGAGUAACAUUGGAUAAGCGCGUAUUAGUAAAACACCAACAGAGCAAGUUGCACCAUAGUGAAGAUUCCAUCUGGCAGAGAUAGUUUUUUAAUGUAACUUUAGGAGAAAUACGAGCGAAAGCUGCCUCUUAAGGAAAGUUUUGUCCGAUAAAACCGCCAACCAAGAGAGAGACUCGAAAAGAUUGUGAUUGUGAUCCGUCGUCAGUAAGGAAUUUAUGUUUUUUUUGUUAAAUAGAAAUAUAUCAAUACUAGAGAUAGUAGCCGCCCAUAUAAACAUAAAAUCAGAGCAACAAGUUUUCUUCAGAUAGAUAGAGACAACGAAAAUAGAGUGGUUCCUUGUUCUUCUGCGUCGCAUGGGAAACAUUUGCUUUUGUUCUUGCAACCUUUCUUAUUUUUUCAUUGAGCUAGAAAAAUACUAGUUAUAGGUUAGAUGCAAAACAGCGAAACGCACAUACACACAAACACACGGAAAACCAACAACUCCAACAAUUGAGCAGCAAACAAUCGCACUCAUACACUCUGAAGAAUAAAUCAGAUGCAGAACUAUGUUGGGUUGAUCCCAUUCAAAUUAAACACUCAUACGCACAUACACACACCCUGCUAGAACUCUUCGUUCGGUGUUGGUUAAAUCUGUAACCUUUGCUUAGUACUCCUUAAAAGUAACAAAAGAAAUAGCAGUCAUCUUGUAGCAUCAACAGGGAAAGAGACAAAUGUUUGUUAGAAACAGAUUGAAUGUAAAGAAUUAAUGUGUAGUAGUUAGAACCCUUUGUUAUAUAUAUUUUUGAUACACACAACAAAUGGAGAAAAUUAUAGCUAUAACAGGGUGGAGACGAAAAGAUUUAUAUCCAUCACAGAUGUUUAGAAAAGGAAUGGAACAAAAGAGAGGUGUACAUCACUUACGAUCUCCUUAAACAAUGGAAUCCCUCGAAACUUAUUCACACACCUAAAAAAUGGCAAUAAACAACCCUAUGAUAAUUUACCUUAGAGCUGUUAAACCACAGCAAUCGAAUUGCUUUUACUCAUAUAACAACACCUGCAGAAUAGUUUUAAAUGAGUUUUUUAUUGGUCUGAUAGAGUUGCGCUGAUAAAUUGCAACCCGUCUCUUGACCGGAAUGCAAGGAAGAAAAGUGUAACAUCCUAAAUAGUGCAUAACAUCAUGAAAAUAAACGCUUGUACUAUGCAGCAAAAAUUAAUAAUCAA